AUGGACGCCUUAGAGGAAGAGAGCUUCGCGCUGUCCAUCUCUUCAGCCUCUGAUGCAGAAUUUGAUGCUGUGGUCGGGUAUUUAGAAGACAUCAUCAUGGAUGAUGCGUUCCAGUUGCUUCAGAGAAAUUUCAUGGACAAGUACUACCAGGAGUUUGAAGACACAGAAGAGAAUAAACUUACCUACACACCUAUUUUUAAUGAAUAUAUUUCUUUGGUAGAAAAGUAUAUUGAGGAGCAGCUGCUGGAGCGGAUCCCUGGGUUUAACAUGGCAGCUUUCACAACAACAUUACAGCACCAUAAAGAUGAAGUGGCUGGGGACAUAUUUGACAUGCUGCUCACAUUCACAGAUUUUCUGGCUUUUAAAGAAAUGUUUCUGGACUACAGAGCAGAGAAAGAAGGCCGAGGACUAGACUUAAGCAGUGGAUUAGUGGUGACUUCGUUGUGCAAAUCUUCUUCCCUGCCAGCCUCCCAGAACAAUCUGCGGCACUAG